ACUGCGCUGCGGUCAGUGAAAGAGAAAGUUCGCUUUCUGCUCUCGUGAGUCUCAAGAAAAUGGCACACUGAAAUUAACUGCAGGGGAUUUAUUCUUUUUUGUGUGUGGCGGUGGGUGGGUGGUUGUUUUACCGGUUCCUCUAGCAAGUAUCUAUGCGUGACAUUACCUGUGCCCUAGCUUUUCAUGACAUUUUAGCAGACUCGGUCCUGCUUUUGGCAUCAGGUGCGCGCUCAGUGCUGACUAAACUUUUAAUAAUACAUCCCAGUCUCACAUCGUUGCGCCGAGAAAUCCACCCGCUCUUCAAGAAAGAAAAAAGAAGCCGAUGCUUUCCUCUUCGUCCAUCCUCAGAUGGAGCAUUGUUUACCGGUGAGACAGCUGACUGUCAGAUGUAUAUGGAAGUAACGUUGGUGACGUCAGGAGCAAAGAGCAGCAGGCGGAGAGCGGAGAGAGAGGAGGGAGGGGGGAGGGAGCGAGACGCAACCUGUGCCAGUGCGCAUCUUUUCCAAAACUUGUCCGGAGCUGUCAAAGAGCAGGGAACGGAUCCGAACGCGCCAUGAGUAACAAAUCUUUAAACCUGAACACCAGCCCGCCUCGGGCUGGCGGCACCGUGGACCACGAACUCGUCAUCACUUCCACUUUCGGGACGCUCCUCUCCGUUGUCUACAUCAUCGGGGUCUCGGGGAACGUGUACACGCUGGUGGUGAUGUGCCACUCGAUCCGGUUCGCCACCUCCAUGUACAUCUCCAUCAUCAACCUGGCUCUCGCGGACCUGCUCUACCUCUCCACCAUCCCUUUCGUGGUGUCCACCUACUUCCUGAAGGACUGGUACUUCGGAGACGUGGGCUGCCGCAUCCUGCUCAGCUUGGACCUUCUCACCAUGCACGCCAGCAUCUUCACCCUGACCGUAAUGUGCACGGAGCGCUAUCUGGCCGUCACCAAGCCGCUGGACACGGUCAGGCGCUCUAAGAGUUACCGCAAAGCUCUGGCGUGGGGCGUGUGGCUGCUGUCGCUGGUGCUCACCGUGCCCAUGAUGGUAAUGGUCGCUCAGACAACUAAAAGCACGCCGGACGGGGGUGUGAAGAGGAUGUGCGCGCCCACAUGGGCUCCACUGGCUUAUAAAGUUUACGUAACGGUCCUGUUUGGCACCAGCAUCAUGGCCCCGGGGCUCAUCAUCGGGUACCUGUACGUCAAGUUAGCCCGCACUUAUUUAGAGUCCCAGCGCAACUCUGUGAUCAGCAAAGGCGGCAAAAGGUCACCGAAGCAGAAAGUGCUGAUCAUGAUUUUCACCAUCGUGCUGGUGUUCUGGGCGUGCUUCCUGCCUUUCUGGAUCUGGCAGCUGCUGCCUCUGUACCACACCAAGCCGUUGAGCCUGGCCUCGCAGACGCACACGUGCAUCAACUACCUUGUCGCGAGCCUCACAUACAGCAACAGCUGCAUCAACCCUUUCCUCUAUACGCUGCUCACCAAGAACUACAGGGAGUACCUGAAGAACAGGCACAGGAGCUUCUACAAGUACACGUCGUCGUUUAAGAAGCGGCCGCCCAGCCUCUACUCGUGGGGCAAGUCGGCGUCCUCCAGCAAUCAGUUCGAGUUCAACUCCGAGACGCUGGUCAUGGGGUCACUGAAGUGA